AUGCUAGGACCGCUUGACCGACGACGCAAGCGAUCUCGUUGCCAGCGGUGCGCUUCAAGUCAUCUCAAGUGCUCCGGCGCGACCCCCUGCAGCAACUGCAGCAACAAGGACAAGCCGUGCAUUUACGCCGCCGCCACUAGCACCGACAUCCCUCUCAUAAUCAUCGCUAGCGGUAAGCCGGGGCGUCCGGCCACCUCGUUGGCUGCUCGGAGGCGGGCUCCGGUGGCGUCUCCCUGGCCAAGCCCCGGCCUAGACGAUGAACGAUACUUUUACUACUUUGACGUGUUCGCGCGGCGAAACAGCUUCAGCGGAAAGGGCCGCUUGUUCACACAAGAUGUGAAACGAAUGGCUGAGCUGCACGCUUUGCCGUAUUUCCUCGAUUCGGUGCGUGCGCUCGGGGCCAUCCAGGCAUCGAGGCUAUCACUCAGCAGCUCUACUCAUGCUGUCGACACUUACACGAGCUACACACUGUACUCGCAAGCCGUCAGUGGGCUACGAAACAGUCUUGGCAAACAGCGAGAGACUAUGUCUGCCUCGAGUCGCACGGCGCUAUUAUGGACGACCCUCUUCCUGGGCAUGUUUGAACUCAUGUCAGACACCAGCGGCAUGGGAUGGCUGCAGCACAUGGUGCACGGCACCGCCAAGGGUUUGGCUGCCGCCGGCCCAUCCAUCUGCUCCACGCCCGCCGGGGCGCGCAUGUUUCUGCAGGCUAAAAUGUUCGAAGUGUGCCGAACGAUUGUGUUUAACGACCAAACAUUCCUUACACGCCCUGAGUGGCGGGCAGCUUCGCAGAGGCUGUGGUUUGACGCCGGCUUCGCGGAUGAGUGGCGGCCGUUGGACGCCCUUGUGGACUUAAUGCUUCUCUGUCCCGACCUUCGAUACCGUGCAAAUCGGUUCUGCCUGGCUGAGGACGCCAAACCAAGUGAAGGUGUACCGGAAGAGGCGCGUGACAUUGCCAAUACAGGUAUGGCGUUGCGAGAGGCGCUGACGGCGUGGCACGCCGUCCAUCUCGGGCUGGAGGAGGCCAGAGGCGGCGACGCCUAUGCGGAGGGGGACGAUGAAUGUGGCCUGCUAACGAGGCUCUUUUGGGCCGCCAUCAGCAUCUACCUCUCGGGUGAGUUCGAUUACGAGAUGCACCACUGGCGGCGCUUUGGGUUGGCGGUGCCAACGCUCGCGCCUGGGGCUGUGCGGCAGCACGUCGAGACCAUUCUGGCGCUUAGCGGGCGCGCUCUCGCCGGGGGCCACCUGUCGCCGCUGUUGUUACUUUUCCCACUUCGUAUCGCCGGGGCGCGGUCGCUGCAGGCGCCGCGGGCCCAGCGCACGCGGGUACUUCUCCUCCUGGAUACCGUGGCGGAGAGGUUCGCGGCCGGGCAGGCUGUUCGCGACGGGCUGAUGGAAGCCUGGGUCGGCAUGGGUGUAGAAGACAACUGA